AUGAUUUUGGUGCUAUCGCUGCUUUUUUCACUUAUAAUCACAUCAAAAGCUGGUUUUCGAGAAGUUCCUAUUAAUCAGUCUAUACUACUUGGACGAGAUGUCACAUUCAGAUGUGCAGCUGAAAAAUCAACAUCGGGUACCGAACUGUACAGCCAAUGGCGCAGUAACACCGGAGUUUUGUUAGGAUUUUAUGAUACCGGCACUUUAGCUGGGCAUCAGGGCCGUUACAGUUACCUCAAAUACUCCCGAGAGGAGCUGCACCUUCGAAUUGAACGGGUGACAUUGGAUGAUGACGGCCAAUUUGAAUGCCAAAUGCUUCGACCGGAAGAGGGUCCGAUACGGGCUUCUGCCUACUUGACCUUCCUUUCAGUUCCACCGAAAAUCGUUCACUUCACAAAUUAUCAAUCCGGAGCCGUUGUCGAUGUAAAAGAGGAGAUCCCACUGAAUGUAACUUGCGAAUCACCGAAUGCUAAACCAGAGGCUACCCUUACUUGGUACAUCAACGGCCGAAAAAUCGAGGAAGGUGUUCAGCGAUGGGCAAAUUACAAUUUGAACAAAACAGUAACCAGUUAUGCAGCAUUACAAUGGCGUCCAAGACGGAUCGAUCACAAAAAAGUGCUGACAUGUGAGGCAGCUCAGGAGGACAGUGGGACUCAGAUUCGUACCAAUCUUACACUGAACGUGCUCUAUCCCUCCGAUCGACCAAGAGUAUCGAUGUUGAACGGUGAUUCGUAUGUACGGGCUGGUGACAAUGUGACGUUGAUGUGUGUGGUUUUUGGUGGUAACCCACCACCGGAUGUCUCUUGGUACCUGAGAGAUCGCCUCCUCAGCGCUCGAUAUCACUAUGAUGUUCAAACAGAGGAGACGAAGAACACAUACUCGUUCCUUGCCGAACCUGAGGAUAAUCUGGCUGACUAUGAAUGCCGUGCGGUGAAUAGGGGUGGUCAUGAGCCACAGACACGUACGAUUCAUAUCAAAGUGGCUUAUGCGCCACAAGGAGUGGAAGUGCUCGGCGAAAGCAAUAUACGACAAGGAAGUUCAACCAUGGUCCAGUGCAGAACAAAGCCAUCAAAUCCUGUGUCGCGGAUCUCGUGGCUUGUCAAUGGACAUCCGAUACCGGCAACUAUUCAAAGUGAACACCAACAGCCUUAUGGAACGAUGUCGAUUUCUAAUAUAACUGUAAACACGAAUGAAAUUAUAAUGGGUAAACAUCGCGUGACUGUAGAAUGUAAUGCCAGAAAUGACGAAGGGACAGCUUCUGAACAGCAUGUGAUCAAAAUUCUUGCUCCCCCAUUACCUCCACGGAUCACUGGUCUCGAGGAAGGCAUACAUUUGGAAGGACUUGUACUUAACUUGACUUGUGAAGCUCAUGGUGGUAAUCCAUUGGCUGAUAUUUCGUGGUUCAGAGGAUACGAUAAGCUUCCUGGUGCUCGGUCGUCAGUAUCCGGUGACUCGGCCAUCUCGGCUGUUUCGAUUACCCUCGACCGAACUAUGAACGCUCAGCGUAUCAAAUGCGAAGCCAUGAAUUCUGCUCUUGACGAACCUCUUGUGGAUUCCAAACAAAUAUCAGUUCUUUUUCAACCGAGGCGAGUGAUAAUCCGAACGCCUGAGGGCACACGGCACCAGCUUUUAGCCGGCGAGGAAGCAAAGCUGCAUUGCUUGGCCGCCGGAUCGAAUCCACCUUCUCAUAUCAUGUGGAAUUUCCAUCCAAAUGGUGAACCAAGCCCGUUGGUGUUCACCGGAGAGACAAUACUGAAUGAGACGUCACGUGAUGGCGGUCAUACCAUUGAGAAUGCAGUUACUUUUACACCGACCGAAGAAUAUGACGGAACACUUGUGCGAUGUAUUGCUAGCAAUCCGUUAUGGCCAACCUCAAAGAACAUCACAUAUCCGCUAAAUGUCCUCUAUCCGCCUCGAUUACUGGUAAACAGUCCAAUCAGUAUAGUUGUGGCUGAAGGGGAUUCGUUCCGUGAGAAUCUCACCGUCAAAGGAAAUCCACCAGUGUCUGCAUGGCGAUGGCGUAAAAACGGCAUACCAUUCGAUCAUACCAUUGGAAACGUAUUUGCACGUGGAGCAACACUUUCUGGACGUAUCGUGAAGAGCUCUGAUGCCGGAAUGUACACUUUAUUCGCCGUAAACAGCGUUGGAACUGCUAAUGUAACAAUUCAACUUACUGUGGAGUACAGCGCCCGGAUUACUAGUAUCUCAUCUCCGAUAAUUGCAUCAGAAGGAGAGGUAGUGGUGUUGGAAUGUGAAGCGGACGGUGAACCUCGUAAGCCAAAUAUGGUUCGAUGGGUAAGGAACGGAGAAGAGAUUCCCGCCAUACGAAAAAGUGAGACUCAUGUUACAUUGCGACUAAACGCCACCAAAGAAGCUGCUGGGCAAUACGUUUGUCGAGCAGACAACGGUAUCGGAUUUCCUGGUGAAGGAACAGCCUACCUGUUGGUGAACACUGCACCAAAGAUCAUGAUGUUACCGUUUCUUUCACGAGCUGCAGGACCUCUAGGAGGUCGUGCUCGGGCUCGAUGUCGUGCUCAUGCUGUCCCAGAUGCAGAUUUUGUUUGGGAUCGUGCAGGCGAAGUCAUUCAGGGUAAUAACUCGAAAUACGGGAUGUUCGCUAUACAACUAGACUACUCGACUUUCGAAAGCACUUUGUGGAUAAGUAACUUAUCACCUGACGAUUAUGCAAACGAUAUCAGAUGUACGGCUAGAAAUAGUUUCGGAACUGACAGCAUUCAUAUACCGAUCGGUCCACCGAGUCCACCAGAUGCUCCGCUCGAUAUCCACGUCACAAACGCCACCUCGAAUACCAUUUCAAUAUCGUGGACCCCUGGCUUCGAUGGCGGCUCAGACCAGACCUUUGAGGUGCGAUAUCAGAAGGAUGGGGAGGAAGGAAUGCAUGGCGUAAACACUUCACAUUCGAAUCUUCGAUUAUCUGGACUAGCACCUUCGUCGAUAUACCUAUUCCAACUGCGUUCCAUCAAUAGCCGAGGGUUCAGCUCUGAUCUGACCCGACCACCGGCAGCGUUUGCUACUUUGAGUGAAGACGGUAUGGGUGUUGCUGUAAUGUCUGGGAGGAAAGAAACGAUUCCGCGUCCAGUGAUUAUGCUGCUCGCCAUCGGAGGAACUUUACUUCUGCUAUUCAACUGCCUUCUUCUUUGUUAUUUGCAGCGACGUAACAAGAAAAAGAAGAUACAGGAAAAGACUGAGAUGGUACGAACGGCCAUCAACGGUGAGGGUGUUCGACCGGUGCAAAUGUACGGCACGAUGCUGCAGGUAGGGGAAACCCUUACAAGUCAUAUGACUGAUCCAGUAUACCAGUUUCUUAUCGGAUACUCCUCCAAAAAUGCAUUACACCAUACUUUGUAUAUCCCCCAUCAGGAAGCCCCACUUUUACACAUGAAGGCGAAGUUUGCAUGUUACUGUUACUGCUUCCAGUCCGAAGGAGCUGUUCGAUGUGAACGUGACGAGCAUGAUAUCCCUGAGGCGAGUGAGGAUGACCACAGUGUACGCACAAUGAUUGAAGUAAAUCCCAACGGCUAUAUGCAGCAGAUCGAUCCAUCACUGUAUGAACGAAACUGCCUUGUCGAAUAUGAAUACGAUCCUCGCGACUAUCCAAGCAGUAGACACGGAACAAUGAGCAGAAGUGGAACUGGCACCUACACCAAUAUGCCUUAUCCUGAACCGCCACACGACCCAUCAAUGUAUUUGGACCGCUCCAUUUCUCGACGUCAUCAUUACAUUCCAAACAACAACAACAUCAACAACAACAAUAACAGCCCUCAACAUCUCCUAUCAACCUUCAUUCAACCUACUGGAGUACGCCCCGGACCCCUCUCCUACUCGCAACUCGAUGGCGAUUUGGUAUAG